AUGUUGUUCAGGCUGCUCCCGCUCGCUCUCCUCCUCCUCGCGGCUCUCGCUGCUGCUGCUGUGCCCUACUACGGCAACGACUCCCCCGACGCAUCCGUCGUCGCCAAAGUUGCCGUCGGCCGUCGCGGCGGCCGCGUCUACACCCCCGACUCCGUCGCAAACCUCAAGCGCUUCCGUGCUCUGCUCAGGGCCUCCCUCCAGCGCUACAACCGCACAAAGCGCGAACUCCAGGGCAACAGAGUCGUUCGCAAGGCCGUCACUCUUCCCGACAAGCUCGCUCCUAUCGGCGCCGAUGGUACCUUUUUCACCAACCUCAAACUGGGCUCGCCCGCGCAGGACAUCUUCUUCGACAUCGACAUGACCUCGUCUGACUUUUGGGUCGAGUCCACGACUUCUGUCCGCGGCACGCGCUUCAGAUCAGAGAACUCGCAGUCCUACUUCACCGAUUCGCGCCUAGUCUUCAAGGACUGCGUCGGCUCGAACGAGGCCCUUGAGAUUGGCGAGCAGAAAUUUUCCAUCGACUUUGCGCACUGCACUCCGCAUCCCUCGACCGUGCGCACCUUGAACCCAUCCGGAGGCAUGCUUGGACUUGCGCAUUCGUCGCUCUCGCAGACCGGACUGCCGCAUUUCUUCGAGAGCGCUGUCGCCACCAACAAGCUCUCCGACGCAAUCUUCGCGAUCGAGUACAUCCAAGACGAUCCCAAGGGCGGCGCCGUGCUCUCGAUCGGUGGAGUCGCGCACAAGGUCGACGAUCCGUUGUACGCUCCGCUCAAGACCUACGGGUUCUGGCAGAUGCUGUUCAAGAGUCUGAUGAUUGACGGCAACACCGUCAUCGACAACAUCCAGGGCGUGAUCGACGUCAACUCGCCGUUCAUCCUCGCGCCGUCCGAAGACGUGCGCAUGUUUUACAAUGCUAUUUCUGGAGCGCAGCCUCUCGCGGACGGGUUCUGGUCGUAUCCCUGCUUUGAGGAUCCCAAGAUCCACAUCGAGCACGCGGGCUGGCUGUUCCCGAUCAAGGAUGCGUCGCUGGGCAAGGUCAAGGAGGCGUCUGGAUACUGCGUCGGCCCUGUUGUCGAGGCCGAUCUUGCUGGGCUCUGGGUUAUUGGCGAGCCUUUUCUGCGCGGUGUUUUAUCUGUCUUUGAUUUUGAUCAAAAGCGCAUUGGAUUCCGCACUACGAGCUAA